CAUAGUACAGGAGAUGACCAGAGACUGCGGACAUAGUACAGGAGAUGACCAGAGACUGCGGACAUAGUACUGCAGAGACUGCGGACAUAGUACAGGAGAUGACCAGAGACUGUGGACAUAGUACAGGAGAUGACCAGAGACUGCGGACAUAGUACAGGAGAUGACCAGAGACUGCGGACAUAGUACAGGAGUUGACCAGAGACUGCGGACAUAGUACAGGAGAUGACCAGAGACUGCGGACAUAGUACAG